AUGGAACAGGCCUCGAACGUUGGUUACACUCGAAAACUCUACCAAAUUAUCCGCCGAGUUAGUGGUAAGCCCUCUAAACUGAAUGACUCUGUUCGCGACGUGAGUGGCGGCUUUGUUGCUGAAAACUCGGCCAAAGGUGAGCGCUGGCGUGAGCUCUUCGAGCACUAUCUUAACUUUGAUACCAAAUCCACCACGUCCUUGCUCUCUUCUGCAGCGGCUUUUAUACACUCUCCAACCUAUGCUGUAUCAUUCGACCCCUCUUCUAAAGGAUAGGCUGCCAAUACGCAAAAACCAAACAACCGGAGAGGAUGGUAUACCCGCUGAAAUCCACCAGUCUUGUGUCGACAAUCUGGCGUCCUGGCUCAAGGCGGUGGCUGCACAGGCGUGGAGAAACGAGGUUGCUUCUGAUGACUCUGGGUCUUUGGUAUUCUUGUAGCUAUCCUCAGGAAAGAAAAAAAGGCAAGAUGCGAGAACUACCGCGGCAUAAGCCUCAUCGACGUUUCUGCAAAGAUCUUCGAUAUUGUCCUUCUCAGGCGAUUCCCGACUGUGCUUGACCCUAGGAAGAGGUCCAACCAAGGCGGAUUUUGUGCUGGACGUGGAUGCGCGGACACGGUGUUCACACUAAGGCUCAUUCCUGGAUUUCGCUAUAGCUACCAGCUACUGACGGCCGUCUGCUUUGUUGACUUUGUCGCCGCAUUCGAUGCCGUUCAUCGUAAGUCCCUCUGGCUGAUAACGGCUUUAAAUGGUGUACCGCUGUAA